AUGACCCACCACACGCACUCCCCACCGCCCUCCCUCGAAGCCAAACUCGUCGUCCUCGGCUCCCAAAACGUCGGCAAAACGACCCUCGUGCACCGCUACGUCCAAAACGCCUUCAUCCCCCCUUCCAAAGCGCAAUCCACCGUCGGCGCCUCCUUCCUCACGACCCGCGUCUCGGACCCCGAAACGAACACCACCAUCCGUCUGCAGAUCUGGGAUACCGCGGGGCAGGAGCGGUUCCGGAGCUUAUCGCGGCUGUAUUAUCGCGGGGCGAACGCGGCGAUUCUGUGCUAUGAUGUGACGAGUCGGAGGAGUUUCGAGGAGAUGGGGAGCUGGUUGAGGGAGUUGAGGGAGAAUUGUAAUGGUGGGGAUGGGGUGGGGUGGGGGGAUAUGAUUCUGCAUGUGGUGGGGACGAAGAGCGAUGUUGUGGCUGAGAAGCCCGCGCUGAGGGAGGUGCCGUUUGAGAUGUGUAUUGGGUAUGUUGCGGAGCAGUUGUAUCCUUCCGCUGCUGCUGCUGCUGUGACACCGAUGGGGGUGGGACUGGGACUGGGCAGUCCGCAGAGCAACCGCAGCAGUGGCUUCUGGGGCCAAGAGCAGAUAUGGGAUUGCUGCCACGAGAUCUCCGCCAAGGACGGGGAGGGUAUCGACGAAGUCUUCCGUGUCAUCACGCGCAAACUCGUGGAGCAACACGCGCUGCGGCAGGAGAAGGUUAAACUCAUGGAGGAUGCGAUGCUGAAGACGCCGAUGAGUGAGCGCGUGGAUGGGUAUUUUGAUCUGUUGCCUGGUGGGGGCAAUGGAAGUUUUCGGCUCGGGCCCGGGGAUAAGAGGAGGAGUUGGUUGGGUGGGAUUGUUACGCCCGGUGGGUUGACGAGUUAUGGGGUCGAUGGGGGAGAGGUGGAGGAUGAGGUUAAGAGGGGGGUGGAGAGGGGGCGGUGUUGUUGA